UAAACGUUCCCUUCCUCUCUCCUACCCCACCUCUUCUCUUCAAGAUCCCGCAGAUCAGCUAUGCGUCGACAGCCCCGGAGUUAAGUGACGACAGGCGCUACGACUUCUUCUCGCGGGUGGUUCCUCCAGACUCAUUCCAGGCCCAGGCCAUGGUGGAUAUCAUCCGAGCCCUGGGAUGGACUUACGUCUCCACCAUUGCCUCGGAGGGCAGCUACGGAGAGAAAGGGGUGGAGGCCUUCACACAACUCUCCAAAGAAGCAGGUGGAAUCUGCAUCGCCCAGUCUUUGAAAAUACCCCACAACCCCAAGCUGGAGGAUUAUGACAAAGCCAUCCAACAACUGUUGGAAACGCAGCACUCGAGGGCAGUCAUCAUCUUCGCCAGCGAGGAAGACAUACGGGGAGUUCUCAAUGCCACCAAGAGGGCCAAUCAGGUGGGCCAUUUCCUGUGGAUUGGAUCUGACAGCUGGGGGGCCAAGAGCAGUCCAAUCCACCAGCUUGAAGAUGUAGCAGUGGGAGCAGUCACUAUACUGCCCAAGCGCUCCUCCAUUAAAGGGUUUGAUGAAUACUUCACUGCACUCACCCUCGAGAACAAUCGGAGGAACGUGUGGUUUGCUGAGUUUUGGGAAGAAAACUUUGACUGCAGGCUCCUCAGUGCCUCGAAGAGAGAGGACACCAGCCGUAAAUGCACAGGCCAGGAGCGCAUCGGGAUCAACUCCAAGUACGAGCAGGAAGGGAAGGUACAGUUUGUGAUUGACGCGGUGUACGCCAUGGCCCACGCUCUCCACAACAUGCACAGGGACUUAUGCCCCGAUCAUCUUGGCGUUUGUCCACAAAUGGAGUCUGCGGAGGGAAAGACUCUGCUGAAGUACAUACGUAACACCAGCUUCAACGGCAGCGCCGGCACCUCUGUUGUGUUUAACAAAAAUGGUGAUGCCCCAGGACGCUAUGACCUGUUCCAGUUCCAGAUGACCAACUCCUCCACCCCAGAGUAUAAGAUGGUAGGACAGUGGGUGGAGACCCUCCAGCUCCGGGUACGACACACACCAAAUUUCAAAUGUUGCUUGUAUGCUUGUAUCUAAACAGGAUAGCUGCACUCAGCUAU